CCCAGCCUUGAUGCUAACUCUUAAAUUAAGAAAAGGAAAAAAAAAACCCAAAAGACUACAUAUUAAAUAACAACCUUCUAAAAUGUAAAAUUAUGUGCUCAGGGUUCAUGGAGGCAUGCCAUUGACCUUUGUUUUAUGAGGCAAUAUACUGUUUCUGCACCAGGUUAACUAACCGGAAAGAAUUUAGGAAGUCUGUCUGUGAAACUGCAGGUCAAAAUUGGUAUCCAGAAGACCCCAAGAGAGUUAAGCCACGAGUGUGUGAACCAUGCAAAUUACUGAGUUAUUUCUGAAUGCCACAUAAGUCAGCUACACUUACUGACAUGUCCAUAAAGUUAUUUUCUUUAACGGUGUGAUCUGGAGAGUUUGGUGCCGAAGGCAGAGGGGCACUGAUGGAGACCGUGCCCUAGAGGAACCGAUUGGGUCUCCUCCUGCCAGCACACCCUAUGCCGAGCGACCAUGCCCUUUCCUGAGAGGAGCAGGUGGGAAAGUUAAUGCUCAUCUGCCGAGAUUCCUGGCUCUGGCACAAGCCCGGCUGCCCCUGGCAAUGCCUCUCUUCUUCCUGGAGACCAGUUUCAAAGUUUAGUCUUCCCCCUCCACAGUGUGGGAAGCGAGCUUUCUGUUUCUUGAAGGUUCCAAGUCGCGAGAAAAAAGGCGGGAAAUAAACACAAGCGAGGCCUCCAAGCGGACCGAGUAAGAGGCGGUCACGUGACUCGCCGCGCUGCCUGCUGGGAGCUGUGCGCUGGAGCGCCUGCGCAGAGGAGCACGAAUUCUUCGCUGUUUUGCCGUUCUGAGGCGGCAGGUCGUGGCCGAAUCUCCGAUCGCGAGUGGGACAAGAGGUUUGGGCCUCCAGAGUAUAAUGGCAAACCACCUCGUAAAACCUGAUUCUAGAAACUGCAAGAGGUCAAGAGAAUUGGAGCCUCAGGUGUCAGGUAGUCCACAGGUACCCUCGCUUGGAAAAUUGGAUUCUUCUUUCUCUGAAUGUUCUGGACUCCUUUAUAAAGAGGAAACCCUGGAGAAGGAUUUGAGUGAUAUGAGCAAGGAAAUUGAUCUGAUGUUGUCUACAUAUGGAAAGAUUUUGAGUGAGAGAGCAGCUGUAGAUGCGUCUUACAUUGACGAACUAGAUAGACUCUUCAGAGAAGCCAAUAUUAUUGAAAAUUUUCUGAUCCAAAAAAGAGAGUUCCUGAAGCAGAGGUUUGCAAUGAUUACCAACACACUGCAAAAGUAAAGUGCCCAUACUCACUGAAAGUUGGUCCCUAUUAUUGCUAUAUUCUACUUGUUAAAGAACAUAUAUGAAAUAAACUGUAACUUUCUAAAUUUAAAAGGGAUUUUAAUAUGAACAGUAAUAUAAAGCUUGUAAUCUUUAUUUUGAGGGUUGAAUAUUUGGAACAUUAUAUAAAAAUGUAAAUUAAAAAUUAUAUGCGUUAUUUUUUCUCCUUUACUCCUAAAUUGCUUAACUCUUCUUAAAUUGUAAAAGAGGGCUCUGUUAAUUUGAUUAUGCCUAACAAUAUUUGUUUAAAUAGCAGCUAAUUUUGGAGAUAGUUUUCUUGGUUAGUAUUAUAAAAGAACUUAAACAUUAAAGGUCGUUUGUCCAGUUUUUCAACAUAUAAUAAAAUAUAACUAUGUGCUGCUGCUAUUUAAUA